UUCAAGGACAAACAGAUCAAGGGCAGGGCCAUUCGAGCAGCGGCAAAGCUCUUCGCCAAUGCGGCCCCCAUCGUCAAGACCAUCGAGGCCGGCCAUGGACUCAUCAAGAUUGGCGACACGCUGUCCAAGGCGAAUGAGCUGGCCGGCAGGGUCAACGACUUUGCCCCCCGCGCAAACCAGAUGGCCGACGGCCUCAACAGAUUCAUCCCCGCCAUGCAGGUCAUGGGCCAGUCCAUGUGCGACAGCGCCAGAAUCUUUGCGUAUUUUAGCAUGAUUGCGACGACGGUCAGGAUCGGAAUGAACAUGGUCCAGACGUACCAGGGGAUUCAGGCGCUACAGCUCAUCGCCGCCAAGCUACAGGAUAUUUCAGUCAGCCUCGCGGCGCAAACGGCUCUCAUCGCCCAAAAGGAGUUUCCCGACUAUGUGCACAGCAUGAUUCGGGAGCGGCUCAUGCAGACGUCGGACGACGCAGCGGUAAAUCACUGGUUCUUCCUCUGGCAUCCCGACGACGAUUGGUAUCCCAAGUUCUUUCAUCUCCUGGAGGAGAAGCCGCUGGGCACGAGGUUCUGCGGUUACACAAACCAGAUUGACUCAGCAUUCGUCUUUAUGCUUGCAGCGAGACGGCGCAUCACAGAGAUGGAGUACAAGGCACGCCGGCGAGGACACCCCAUGCGCCCAACGCGGCUGCAUCUUCUGGUUCCAGCAUAUCAACCCAUCCUCGUCGCCGAAGCACUCAAGAUUCCCGAGGAGAUUGGCGACUUUGUCAUGGAGGGCCGGAUCAACAGCAACAGGGAGUUUGUCUGGCUGAAUCUGCCCGACGACCAGAGACACUAUACCCUCAACAUUGGCCAAUGGAUUCCGCCAAACCAGGGCUGGCUAACGUGGGCCGCGUCAAAGAUUGGGUUGGGAGAGAAGUCACCCAAGUUACGUGAGCGCAGAGCUCUCGGCUACAGCCAGAUUCCCUUCGAGAUUGAG